GGGUCGCGAGCUGAAGGCUGAGAAGGCCGGCGCCCCGCACAGGGGCCCCGCAAUGCGCAUAGCAAGCCGAGUUGGGUCCAGGACCGGCAGCUGGGCCGGAGGAGGGCGGGCCGGGGCUGGCCGAGCGGCGUGAGCAUUGCUGUGGCCCGUGGGCUGGGGUCUUCUCCGCCACUGUGCUCGGGCUUCGAUCUCGGCUUCGGUUCCCGUCCGGGCUCCACUCGGUCCCACCGAUCAGUCUCCAUCCCCAUCGUCGCUGCCGCCAUGGCCUGGGUGCUGAAGAUGGACGAGGCGGUGGAGGCGGGCCUGGUGCAUGACUUCGACGCCAGCCUGACGGGCAUCGGGCAGGAGCUGGGUGCAGCCGCCUACAGCAUGAGUGACGUGUUGGCCCUACCCAUUUUCAAGGAGGAAGGGGCUGUCCUUCCGUUGGUGAAUGAACCCAAACAACCGCCCUUCCAGUACAUCCUGUGUGCUGUGACAUCCCCUGCAGUCAAGCUGAACGAAGAGAGUCUCACUUAUCUGAACCAAGGUCAGUCCUAUGAAAUCCGGAUGCUGGACAACCGGAAAGUGGGAGAUGUGCCUGAGAUCAGUGGAAAGUUGGUGAAGAGCGUCAUUCGCGUCGUGUUCCAUGACCGACGGCUUCAGUACAUGGAGCACCAGCAGCUAGAAGGCUGGAAGUGGAACCGCCCAGGAGACCGACUGCUUGAUCUCGACAUCCCGAUGUCCGUUGGAGUCAGUGACGUAAAGACAAACCCCAACCAGUUAAAUGCUGUUGAGUUUCUCUGGGACCCCGCCAAGCCCACCUCUGCAUUUAUUCAGGUGCACUGCAUCAGCACCGAAUUUACACCGCGCAAGCAUGGCGGAGAGAAGGGGGUUCCUUUCAGAAUCCAGGUGGACACCUUUAAGCAGAACGAGCACGGCAACUACACUGACCACCUGCACUCGGCCAGCUGCCAGAUCAAAGUCUUUAAGCCAAAAGGAGCAGACCGAAGAAUGAAAACAGACCGAGAAAAGCUGGAGAAGAGGACAGCCGCCGAGAGGGAGAAGUUCCAGCCUUCCUACAGCACUACCAUCCUCAGCGAGAUGAGGCUUGAGCCUGUAUUGGAAGCUCCUCCGGUUGAAAAAGAGCAGAAAAGGUCCACCAAGCGGACUUUGCCAGCAGACUGCGGCGACUCUGUGGCAAAGCGCGGCAGUUGCUCCCCAUGGCCCGCCCCGAGUCCACCCCGCGAGAGCCCCGCGCCCGCGCCUGCUCCCACUUUGAGCCCUGCUCCGACCAGCACCUGCAACAUCCCGGAGAGUUCUUCCCCUCCAAACUAUCAAGCAGACCUGGUUCUCCAGAGCCCCAGUGAACAACUGCAUCCAUUAGCCAACAUCCAGGAGACCCAAGAAUGGCUGCUCCGGCACAGGUUCGCCACCUACUCGAGGCUCUUCACCAAUUUCUCAGGUGCGGAUUUGUUGAAGCUGACAAGAGAGGAUCUCGUACAAAUCUGUGGUCCGGCUGAUGGCAUUCGUCUCUACAAUGCACUGAAGUUGAGGAUGAUUAGACCCCGUCUCACCAUCUAUGUCUGCCAGGAGCAGUCCAGGGGCAUACGGGUGGAAAGGCAACCAGAUGAUGACUACGGAGACGAUGACAGCGGUGUAGUAUUUGUUUAUCACGCAAUCUACCUGGAAGAGAUGGUAGCCUCAGAAGUCACGCAGAAAUUGGCUUCAAUAUUUAAUAUUCCUUUGCACCAGAUUAACCAGGUUUACAAACAGGGUCCCACCGGGAUUCACAUUCUCCUUAGUGACCAGGUGGUUCAGAAUUUUGAAGACGAGAGCUGUUUCCUGUUCGCCACUAUCAAAGCAGAAAAUGGCGACGGGCUCCACAUCGUUCUUAAAUGAGACCAGGUGCACGCUGGCCCGGCUUCGGUCUGGAUUGAAGGAUUCUCCCCUGCCCUCUUGUGUAGAGACUGGACCGAAGGGACACCGGGACCGGACUCCCCCUCUGACCCAUGUUUCCUGUUGAAAGUGUGAGGUGACUUUGGUGAGCACUGCCCUAGAGGCGGACUUGGUGCUCGUCCCUGCCCUCACCGCAGUCCCGGAGGCGCGACGGCCCGAGCCGUGGGGACAUAGAGAGGUCGCCUGCCGCCGCCUAGGCCUCUGGGACCCGUCCGGUCUGGAAAUGAAUGUAGUCCCUUCUGUGCAGUCAUUUGUCCCUGCUCCUACCCUUGGUGACUUGGGGAGCCCCUGGGGCAGAAGGCCUGAGAUUGUGCCGAGAGCGACGAGGCUGGAGACCCUCUGGGGCGUGGGUCAGACCCUCGUGGACUCGGGGCUCGAGUGGGGGGUGGGUGGGUGGGUGGAGAUGUGGCACGUGACUCUGAAGCCUGAAACCAACUGUGCCCAGAUGUGUCACCGGAGCCGAUCCAGCACAGCCCAGGGGAGGUGCUCCCCUGCCUGGUCUCUUUGUCCUCUUUUUUUUUUCCCCCUCUUUCUUUCUUUGCCUUUUUAUUCCCUUCUUUAAAAAAACAAAAGUCUAACUCUUGGCCUAGACCCCAGAGACACAAAAAGCAGAGGGGUCUUCCUGGCGGUAAGAGCUUGGGACUCUGGGGGGGAGGGACUGGAAGGCCUCCUGCGGGGCCUGCCCCCUCCUCUCCAUCCGGUGUGUCCGGACCUUGACUCCCCCCCCCCCCCGUCUCUGGGAUCACCGAGACGGGGCGCGGGCCUGCCACACACCCCGAGUCGAGCUUUCGUCGUGCGCCCCAAGGUUUCCCCGUGAGUUAAAGCCGAUCUUCUCCCCUUUGCUGUUUUCCUGCCAUCUUUUGGGCCAAAGUGUUCACCAGUCAGCCCGGGAUCGUUUGUGAGCCCCUCGCCCAGCGUAGUGUUACCCGGCUUGUGUCCCAUUAUCGUUUCACUUGGUGCAUGCGCGUGUGCAUGUUUGUGCCCAUUUGUGUAUUCCUGGGGUUCUGGGGGAGGGGCUUUGGUCUGUAGCUGCUUUUCUCCCCGGGAUGGGGUCCUAGUUUUAAAAACCUGUAGUGCUUGUGUGGUCACUAAGAAGAACCGAGUCCCACCAAAGGCAGAAUUCCAUUCCCCAACUGAAACUUCAAACAGGAGCCUUCUCAUGACCAAAUAUCUCAUUCCCUGAUAACGAGCUCGGGGGGAGGAGCCGUGGGUUUGUUCUACCCGGUGGUGGCCCUUGGGGUCGCCAUUGGGACCUCAGCAUGUAGGGAGCCGCCACUCCAUCGGCCCCUCCUCCGCCUGGCUCUGAGCUGGCCCCCCCCAUUAAAAGUGGGGGUGAUCCCCUUGAAUCUGGCCGAGCUCAGAUUUCACAAAGGAAAAUCAUUCAUCACUUGAUCCCCAGGCACCUGUAAUGAAAUGAUCACACCAGCAAAGUGCUGUUUUAAAGAGUGGGAUGUACACAUUUUAGUUUAACUGUAAUAAAUGUUUUCUGAACAUUUUGCAAAUGUGUUUUUUUGCCUACUAUUAACGGUGCCCCCCUGUGUGCUCAGCCAGACCUCAGAGAGCUUGGGGCAGUCUGCCUUUUUCUGCCCCGGGGCAGGGCCCUCCGGGCCUUGCCCCCAAGGUCUCUGGGUCAGGCCUGGCAGGGGAGCCUCGCUGCCCAUGCCAGCAGCCUUCCCUCCUCAGCCCCUGCCAGGAAAGUCUCCCCACUUCCUCCCCCUGCACAGGCUUGUGUGUCUGGUUGCGAGGAGACGGAGCCCCCGUGAAGCCCAGGAAUCCCGCACCGAUGGUGCGGCCGGGACAGCAGGUCCCGGGGCACGGCCGUUCCUGGGCACAGCGGGCGCGGCUCCUCUUCUGCGUCGGGGAGGCGACAGCCACCCAGACGGGUCGCAGAACCGCCAUGGCGAGACGAGAGACAGUGUCUUGUGCGAAGGAAGUGUCUGUCCCCCUGUCAGUAUUUAAAUAGCAGGAAAAAUCUGUGUAAGUGUGUGUGUAUGUGCGCGUAAAGUCAUGUAAGCUUUGCUCAGAGCCACGUCCUCCCGGGGAGCUCGUCUUCAAGCUCUCCGGACCCUGUGGCUCUGACGAGACCCUGGCAAAUCUGCUGAUCGUGACGUGAGGCUGCCGUGAAGGGCUGGGGGCUGGGUAGCCGGUCCCCUGCAUGGGGAGAGAUGAUCUCUUUUGCCUUAGAGCUUGAGUGCAUUUGUCUGGGUUUCUGUGCUUUUUAAAUAAACUUGAAAACAUGAUGGUCCCAUUC